AUUCGAGUACAAACAUUGGAACGCGGUGGAAGUGUCUGUAUUUUUAAAGCAUAUAAUUUUUCGUACGUUCAGUUCGUGUGUCGGAUAAUUAUUUAAAAAAAAAGAAGAUAUACAAAAUACUAAAAUUAAGUGUGAUGUUUAAUGUUUUCGUCUAAAAUAUAAAAAAACAACAAUAACAGCCAGUAUUUUAAACAAAAAAAGGAAUAAAUAAAUAAAAUAACAAAUGAAUAUAAAAGUUUAAUUAAAACGAGGGUUCCUAACGAAAAAAUAUAUAAAAAUAAAAAAGUUUCAAAAAACAAGUUUGGUUAUAAUUAAUGAUCGUGUUAAUAGUAAAAUCUUUGGAAAAAAAGUUAAUUUAAAAAUCAUUUAAAAAAAAAUGUUUAUAAAAAUAAAAUAAUUUAUAAUUUUUUGUUUAACAGUGUCUAAGUGCGGGUAAUUGAAUGUCGUUUAAUUUUAAUUUGUUAACGUCUCUUGAAAAUUGAUACAUUUGCAAUAAAUUGUAGCAAAAUAUUUAAAUAAAAAAAUACGUAAAAAUUGUUGUUUUUAAAACGAAAAUAGCAUUUCCGCAUUAUAAAAUAAAAAUAAAUAACAAGCCGUAAACAUAAAACCUUAUAUUAAAUGUGGAACCACCAACAACAACCAUCAUCAUUAUUAAAUCCAGCAACUUUCAGUCAUUCCACUCAUUGAUUGAUAAAAAAUUUAAAAAAUAGCAACAACACAACAAGAAAAACAAGCAACAGCAGCUGAAAAACAACAAUAAAAUUUGGAGGCAGAAGAAAACACGACAACAAGUCACCAUUAAAAAAAUAAAUUUAUAACAGUUUUAUUUAUUCAGAAAAUUAUACAACAUCGACCAACAAUCAGUCAGCAGCAUCAAACGCUUUAAGUUUCGAAUGUCUUGUAUUUUUUGUAAAAUAAUCAAUCAAUCAUCUUUGAAAAAGUGAAAAAAAAAACUUGGAUUUAAAUAUUUAAAUGGACUGAAAUUAAAAUCAAGGUGAGAACUUAUUUUGCAGUUCAAACAAUUUUUUGAAAUUUAUUUUCCAAAAAACACAUUCCAAUAAACCUGACACCAAAAUUUACCACCGAUAUGGUCAACAUGUAUUCAAAGGUGUUUUGAAAUGAAUACCAAACGCUAAAUUAAGAACAUGGAAUGUCCACAAAUUUCCAGGCGAACAAGUUAAUCAACGAAAGAGAUAAUGAAAUAAUAAGUGAACAAUUUAAAGCAGCUUAAGAGGAAAGAGAAAACGAAGACAUUGAAUAAUAUUUGUGUAAAAAUAAUAACCAACAAACAAUUUUGUACUAACAGUAGGAAAAGAUUUGAAAAUUUUAAAUUAAGGCGGGAAAUUUGAAAAGUUUAAUGUUAGAAAGAAACGAGCUAUAAUUUUCAUUUGGAUUUUAAAGUUUUUUUUUAACAAAAUGUUGCUGUUUAAAACAAGAGUCAAGGCCCUUAGCUCGGGCUGGUGGUUAGCCAUUUUAAUUAUAUGCUUUUCGAUAAACAACAAUCAAGCAGCAGUAAUAAAAAAACGUGACAACACUGCUGUAAACGAAUCUGGCAACUUUGUUUUAGACACUGCAGCACAACCCACCAUUUUAACGGCUUUAAAUAAUGCAAGUGAAGUUGUCAGCACAACUAAACUGCAAUCGGUGGAGGGCAUGAAUUUUGCUUCCAAAGAAACCUCCAAGGAAUUAACCAACAAUGAAAUUUUAAUAAAUGAAGCCAAAAAACUCUUAGAGGAGGAAGAUAAAAUUAUUAAUUUAAAUAAAAAAGAAGAAGUGGAAGAAGAAGAAAGAAAAACUGAAGGAAAUGUUAAGGAUUUAGAAGAACAAAAUGUUUAUUGAAAAAUAAUACUGGAACACAAAUAAUCUGCAAGAUAUUAAAGAAAUUAUAAAGCAAUUGGAAACUAAAGAACAAAAUUUGGAAGAGGCCACCAAAACCUCCACAGAAUUUACCAGUAAUGAUAUUAAAAUAGAUAAAAUACCCCAGUUAAAGGAGCAAACUUUGGUGCAAGAGGAAGGUGCUAAGGAUGAAGGGGAAUCGGAAGCUAAAUCCUAUGAAAAUAGUUUAAAAUUUGAACAUGAAAAGCCUCAGCCUCCCAGCAGAAUCUUAACAGAGUUGAGAACUGAAAACAACCACUAAAAAGUCCAAGUUUUGGAAUCCCAUGGGGAAAAUAGUAUAGAAAAUAGCAAGGAAUUAAAUAAAAAUGUUUUAGUAGAGGAAUUUAAGGAAAAAUCUGCCUGCAAUAAAUAACAACCAUAAUGAGUCACAGGUUAAAGUUAAAUUAAUUCCCUUGGAAACCUCCACCGAGGAAAAUGUGAAGGAAAUUGCAAAAUCUAAUAGUUUAGAUAAUAGCAAACACCAGGAGGACAGCAAAAGCAUAGACCCGUAGAGACAACAACUGUUAAAAUGGUGACAGAAACUUCCACUUCAGUAGCUGAGGUUACGGAAAGUUUGGAGGUUUUAGAAAUGACCACUUUAAGUCCUUUUAUGGGCGGAAGAGAACACAAAAGAACAGCUAACAAAUAAUAUACAAGAUGGCUUAGAUCGGGAAGUGUUAAUUAAAGCAAUGAACUGCCGCAAACCACCCCGGAAACCAGCACUUUAGAGACAUUGAAAAAUGAAUCAGAUUUAUUAAUAUUUGAGGGUAAUAAAAAGGAAUAUGCUAGAUCUAUGUUUAAUAAAGAGGAAGAAGAAACUACUACCUUCAAUUCACAAGAAAAUAAAGAAGAUAUUCUAGCUAUAACCACCUUUAGGCCCGCGAUAAAUCUCAAUAAAGAGCAAGAAGAAGUAGUUUCAAGGUAAUGUAAAACAGCAAAUAGAGGAUGUGUCCGUAAAUCUUAAGGGAAAGACAGGCAAAUUUAUAAAUGACAAUUCCACAAAUGCCCAACAGUUAAAUUUACCCAACAAUGCUGAGGUAUGGUCUUUGGCAGCCAUGAAAUUCCCUACCCAAAGCCGAAGUUACCUUGGAAACAAGCGCCGGCGCAUAAUCACAGCCCAGGAGUUCAAGGAAAAUCUGCUACAGCCUACACAUUCCUCAUUAACAAUGAGUAGUAAUAGUGAAAAGAAUUUACUAGAUUGGUCACAAAUAAUGAUGGAUAAGGAAUUGUCCACAAC